AAUGUGGAACGAUGGCCAAACGGGACUAAUUAUGUGGUUGGCUACGCCCGAACGGAUGGGAAAAUGGGUGUGAAUAUGAACUGGUGAGAGUUCGGAGCAUAAGGACGUGAUCCGUUUUCUCCACUCAUCUCUAUCCAUGACUGGGUCAGGACCAUCCUUGUGCAGAACCGGGAAGACAUGGCCUUCGCAGUGCCCAAUCGCAUGGUGUUCCUCGUUUGGGUUGGACAAGUUUGCGCGGUUGUUAUGCUCGUUAUCACCUCUUACCUCAUGGCUCAAGUCAUGACGGCACCGCUCGAAAGGAUCGCGCGCGCCGCAGACGAAAUCCGUCAUGAACGGGCGACGAUAGCACAGAUUCCUGUGAUAAAGGGGCAUGAUGAGGUGGCCCGAUUGUCAACAUCGUUAAAUGCCCUAGUCGCCUCUCUGUUGGAGAAGGAAGCGAAAUUGGAGGACGCUAAUAACGAACUGCUUGACAAGAUUGAACUCGUUCAAAACGCCGAAGCGAACCUCCGAGCGAAUGAAGAGAAGUUCAGGCAACUCACGGACACAACGGACGAGGCAUUUUUCAUUUACGAGACAACGGAGCUUACUUCUAUCAUCAAUCGCAAGCCGAUGACAUCGCGGACAGGGUCACUGAGCCAAGUUCACGCGAGGUCCGGCUUGCUGAAAUCGCCGACCCGCUCCCCAUCGAAAGGUUCGCUCCAUCGACUUGAGGUGAGCAGGGUCGCUAAGCGGCCAUCACCGGCAAAAGCACCCGCAGAGCCCCAUCCUGAGAUCGUCUACCCUGAGCAUCUCAUAUACGCAUCGGCCGCGUUCCCGGAAUUGUUCGGAAUUUCUUUUGAAGAACUGGAGCAGGACCCGUUAUGCUGGCUCGAGCGGGUACUGCCAGAAGACCGUGCGGGCACCGGCGUUUUGUUUGCAGAUCGCCGAAAGCAUCCUUUGGAUAUCUCCUUCCGCAUCGCUGCCGCGGAGAGGUUUCCGAACCCUAAGCCGCGACACAUAGCGCUUCAUACCCUGCCAGUUAUCCCUAUGGACGGAACGCACCAGGUCCGAAGGGUCGUGGGCGUAUUCCGGGAUAUUACGAAACAGCGCGAGGCGGAGAUGGAGUCAAGCCAUAAAAGCGCAUGGGUGAGACAAGUCGGGCACGAAAUCCGCAACCCAUUGUCGGCCACGUUUACUAUGAUCAACCUACUGUUGGAAACCAGCCUGGAUGCGGAGCAGGCCGACCUUCUUCAAACAAUCAAAAUGUCAAACGACACACUGCUGUCACUCAUCAACUCCAUUCUGGAUCUGGCAAAGCUGGAAGCUGGCGAGAUGACACUCGAGAGCAUCCCGUUGAGCCUCGCCGCCCAAGUAGAGGACGUGCUGGAGCUGAUGGCUCCGCAGGCACAUAAAAAGGGUCUUCGCAUUGGAGGUUAUGUAGACGCCGAUGUAGACGCCUGGGUGAAAGGCGACCCAUUACGCAUCAGGCAGGCUCUCAUUAACCUAUGUACGAACUCGCUGAAGUUCACUAAGACAGGCUCUGUGUUCAUCCGAGUUGAGCGUGCAACACGAAGAACGCGAUCCGUCUCGGGUCUCAGUCGGGGGAGUGAUAACAGGAAGGUGUCUCGCAGGGAGGGGAGCCUUCUGCGGCGUCGAAGCCACGACAGCACCCAGGAUAGCAUUGCGGGCAGUUUGAACGCGGAAGUAGGAUCAGACCCGCCAGGGCAGCGUAUGUUCUUGCGGUUCUCCGUUAGUGAUACCGGUAUCGGCAUUUCCCCGGAAAAUCAGAAGCAGUUAUGGGAACCGUUCAAACAGGCGACGGCAAGCACAUCCCGGCAGUACGGUGGGACUGGUCUUGGUCUGUCAAUCGUCAAAGAAUUGGUGACGAUGAUGGAUGGCGAAGCGGGCGUCAGCUCCGAACCGGGGAAAGGCUCUACCUUCUACUUCUCUGCCUGCCUUACUAGUCUGAGCCAUGAAGAUUUGGCCCACAUCCCAGACACUGAGGAUAAGAGCACUGUGAGCAUUGCCGGCAAGCGUGUUUUGAUCCUCAGUGAAUGGACACGUAUGCGCGAGCUGUGUCGUAGCAUGGUGAUGAGCAUCACAGGGAAAUCGGUCGAGGCAGAGACAUUAGCAGAAGCCACGAGCAUGCUGGCGCAAGCGACCAAUCGCGGCGCCAAAAUCGACGCCUUGAUUACAGACUUCAACCUUUUCGAGUCUGUCGAGGUUCGCGAUUUCAUAAACAGGGCGUCGGUCCAGUGCCGGGUCGCGAUAAUCGCCCCACGGGAACAACGAGAUGCUUUGAAAGGCGUUUUGGUUCCGGGCCGGGUAAUCGCCAUCACGGAUCCGGUCAGGGUGAGCGUGGCUAGGCGACAAUUUGGUGAACUGAUAUGCGGUUAUGCCCAAGAGGCAGGUGCGUAUACCUUGGCACGGAAGCCUGCUGUGGCCGCUGCGCCGGACACCCCUCUGCUAGAUGAAGAUGGAAACCCGAUCUCGCUUAUGCUUGUCGAUGAUAAUUCCAUCAACCUGAAAGCCGUCUCAAAACUUCUAUCGAAGAUCACACAGAAAUUGCCAGUAACGGCGUCGGACGGCCAGCAAUGCCUGGACAUUCUAACACGGAUGAAAGAGGCGGGAGAACCAUUGCCCGUUCUAAUCUUUAUGGACGUCUGCAUGCCGGUCAUGGACGGACUGACAGCCACACGGAAUAUUCUGCAAACGUAUUCCGACGACGAGCGGCCCGCGAUCGUCACGAUGACAGCGAAUGCCCUCCAUCAAGACUACCUCGAGUGCAUGGCAGCCGGAGCCGACGGCUACCUGCUAAAGCCCGCAUCGAAAGACGUUCUGAGGAAAACAAUCGAGACCUGGUGGAGGGUUGUCCGCGACAAGCGGCUCGGGCUUGGCCUGGGUUUCCGACGAGGGAGCGUCCCCUCCCUGCAUUUGGAGGAACUGCAGGUUUAGGGCAUGGCACCACGCAUUUAGCUGGCCGAGAAUUUCUGCUCGAAUAUGCGUUCACGGUUGAAACUCCGGCGGGCACACUCAAUAUACUUUGAUUACAGGUGCAGCAGCAUCUGGGCGUAGAAAACUGAUGUAAUAUGAAUAUGAAGUCCAGCUUCUAAAUGUAAGCAGGCACAAGUAGACGAAUGGCUAAAUAGAGGCUCGCCCCCGCGCGGUCACCCAAACUGUGGAUGCCAA